GGCUCCCGGCCUGGGGCGCGCCAGGCUUGGCCUCUCCCCGGGGCUGGCAGAGCCGGGAACCAGCAGCCCAUGCCGCUGUCUCCCCGCUCGGGCCGCGCCCGCUUCCCCCCGCGGACCCGCAGGCAGGCGGCGGCCCGCACCCCACCGCGCGGCCGGAACGGAGGGCGGAGGGGCGGAGGGCCGGAGGAGGGCCGCGCCGCUCCGCGGGAUGGAGGGGGUGCCGGAGGCGGCGGCGGCGGCCCGGCCCGCGGGCGGCGGCCCCCAAGGGACCCAAAUAGGGAGCAGAACAACCAGCUCCAUGGAGAUGACCUUGGCUGUGGAGAGAAGUGGCCCUGAGCCACAGCUGGAUAGUGGACACCUCCCAAGACCCUGGUCCUGCUCUCUGGAAGACAGAACAUCCAGCCUGAUGGCCCCCCAACACCCCAGGGCAUGGGGGAUACAACUCCCAGGUCCCUCUGUGCUGGAGUCCAAAGUGAGGGCCUUGAAGGAAAAAGUGACGGCAGGCAAACAGGGGGUGAGCCCCGGCCUCACUUCUCACGAGUGGCCAUCCAAGAAACCCAAAUGCAGACGAGUCAAGGUGGGCGGAGCUGGGCCUCUGUCAGAGGGGUCUUCCUUGGCGGAUGCUCAGGGGGUGCUCCCUGCUCAGAAUCUGCCUGAUGGGCAGCUGGACAGCGAUAUCAGCAAGGAGGAACUUGCCCGGAACGGGGGUCCCAGACCUCCUAGGCCGCCUUCUCCUGGGCUGGAGUGCCGGAACGGGAGGAGCCCGCGGCCUCCAGAAGCAGUACAGGCCUUGCCCGACAAUGAGAGGAGUCUGCUGCCAGGGCCUGGCUGUUUGGAAGAAAACCCUGUUCACAGAGUCACUCCAGGCCGGCCUGGGGGCCCUGGUCCUUGUAACAAAAUCGCCCACACGCCCAACCUGAGGAAGGGAAGGUCAUACACCCUUCAAGAUGAUCUAGUUACAGGGGGAGACCUGGACAGCUUGUCUCUUACCUGCGAGGAGGACUUUGUUCCCAGGCCAGCCUUGCUCGAGGGGCUCUGGCGAGCUGCAGAGCUGGGGGCUCUGGGCCCUGGGGGCAGUGCCUUAUCCUUGUCUGACCGGGUGGAGAGGAACCGCCUUCUGCUGCAGGAGAUGCUAAAUGUUGGUGGCCAAGGCCCCCCCAGGGUGGGAAUCCCAGCCUGGACUCCAUCCUGGGACAGAGGUCUACCAGAGCGACCAGCAGGGGACGUGGACUGGGACUCAGGCAUCUCCUUGCAAGACUUGGACCAGAACAGGACCUUUGGUCCCAAGCCGGAGUCUGUGCUGAGCCCCAGGCAUGAGGAAGCCAAGCAUCUGCUGCAGCGUGCCCGCAUGAAGGCCAGGACCAGGCCCCUCCGUGCCAGCCAUGAGAUCAUGCCUGCCGUUGCUCAGGGCAGCCGAGACGGCCGGAGAAGCCCAGCCCCGGACUCGAGGAUGCCCUUUGCCUGCAGAGACACCCCGCAGAACGGGAACACAAGUGACUCGUCCAGCGGGGAGUCCAGCAGCGGGCAGUGGCCGAAGCGGGGCGCCUCCCCAUCCCGCGUGCGCUUCGAGGACGAGUCGGCCCGCGACGCCGAGUCCCGCUACCUGGAGCGGCUGCAGCAGCGCCAGCGCCAGGCGCGGAGCUGCGCGCUGCCCACGGCGGCACAGGGCCCGCUGCGCUCCAAGCCCGACCUGGCCCACUACAUCAACGCGGGCUUCGCGCGCACCGACGCCGGCCAAGGGCAACUCUACUGCCUGGUGGGCCGGCUGGAGCGGAGGGGCGGACCGGCGCCGCCGCCCGCGCGGGGCAGCGCCAGGAAGUGCCAAGCCUGCGGCAGCUGCAUCCACGACCAGCGCCCCGCCCCAGGGAAGGCCGGCCCGGACCCCAGGGCCCUCCCGGAGCGCGAAGCUGCCUGCGGGGUGCCGGCGGAGCCCCUCAGCUCUCGGGGCCCGAGCCCCGCCUUCCAGCUCCUCCCUGCGGAGCAGGGGUGCCACACGGAAUGGAUCCGGGAAACGCACAUCGGAGACUCGGCGCGCCCGGAGGAGGCGGAUUCCGCACUGGACAGCACGGACACCUCGGACAGCUGCAGGACCGACAGUGAGGAAGCUGGGACCUCGCAGCCCAGCAGGGCUCGGGGCCCGGCCCGAGGCAACAGCCCCCGUCCACGUCCACAGGGCUCCAGGCCUCGAGGAGGCCCCAGAUGGUUCCGGAAGGCCGAAUCGGAGCUGCCCCGGAGCCCUCAGGCCCCGCACUACCUGCUGGGGGUUGAUCACGUGGAGGGUGCAGCCGAGGUGAAAGAAGGCAGGGGACACCUGCCUGAGGGGACUCUGUUUCCCAGAGAAGAUGCUUUCCCUAAGCCUCCAGUCCUGGAAUGUAAAAGGGCUUCCCUGGGCUCCCAGUGGCAGCCUGGCCCGGGGCUGGGAAAUCACUGGGUCCACCCGGUGGAUUCCCAGGCUCUGAGCAGGACAGCCUAUCCCCUGGCCUCUUCCAUGAAGCUGGGGUCCUCAGUGCCAGGCAGACAAGCCCAGGAUGGAGGAAGCCAUGAGUCUCUGGAGACUGUCUCUGCUUCCUCCCUGCAACAGAGUCACCCAGAGCCCUCUGCCCUGCACCAGGCCCAGCAGGUGACCUCUUCCCUCUCCCCUGAAGGCUGGGUGCCAACCCCUCCGUCUUCAAGGAAAACCACCUCACCUGUGUCUCACAGGAAGGCAGCCCUGGCUGGACCCCGCAGGCUGGGUAGGCAGGAAGAGCCUGUGGACCCCCCUCCGCCUUCUUCAAGAAGUGUAGUUCCCAGGACCUGUGAGCUGUCCCCUGCCCAGACCCAGCCCUACGGCCCUGCAGGCAGGCAUCCCCUGCUGGCCUUGUCCACCAACAACUGCAACAAUAGCCUGCCUCCGGGGCUGCAGGAGCCCUGGGGAGGGGCCGGCCUCGAGGCGAAGGUGGGGGAUGGCCCCUGCAGCCCGGAGCUGCCCCUGGAGAACCGCGGCCAUGGAGGAGUCCAGGGCUUUCUUGGCCCAGCAGCUGUUGGCGCAGUCAGCUCCAUGAGCAUCACCCUCUCCCUGGCCUUAGAGGAGUCAGAGUCCAGCCAGGACCCAGAGGGAGGCCUGCAGAGGCCAGAGUUGAGUUCCGGAGGGCAGGUGUCAUCCCGGGCAUUCCCGGGGGUUGGCGCAGGACCUGGCCUGCCCUCUGCUGCCCCUUCUGACAGGAGCAAGAAAAGCAGCAGCCUGGCCUCCACCCUGGGGCUGAAAAAGCUCUUGCUGGCCCUGGGCCACAGCACCAGGCCCAAGCUGGGCAAGGCCCGCAGCUACAGUGUGGAGCAGCUGCAAUCCCCUGCGCCUGGCCCGGCAUCACACACCAGCACCCCCAGAGUGAAGAAAGCCCCGUCGGUACAGUCCCUGCAACUGGUGUCACCAUCUCACAAACAUCGGAAAGCUGCCUCCUUUCAGAACCUCCACUCUCUGCUGAGUGGCAAGGGGGACCGGUCCAGCCUCUACAUGGUAGGGGAGCCGGGGGACCACAGUGCACUUGGACGACCAACCAAGGCCUCACCCCGACGUGCCCUCAGUGUGGAGGACGUGAGCUCCCCCAGCCAGGCGCGCACGGUGGGCCGCGUGGUGGAGGUGUUCCCAGAUGGCACAACCCAGCUGCAGUUACAACGCUCCCCGGAGGGCUCUUUCGGCUUUUGCGUGGCCUCCGGGAAUGGGCGCCGGGACUCAGGGUUCUACGUGCAGGAGAUGGCUGACGCGAGCAUGGCCAAGCUCUACUCGGGGCUGCUGGGGGUAGGGGAUGAGAUCCUCGAAGUGAAUGGGGCCAAGGUUGCCGGGCUGGGCUUGGCUCACAUUCAGGAGCUCCUGGCCCACGCGGAGAGCUUGUCAGUCCGUGUGCUGAGGCAGAGGCCUGUCCCUCGGUGACCCAGGGCUGUUUUGCCCUCACUGUCACCCUUUGGAAGCCCUGACCUGCCCCAGGAGGGACAGCUGGAAAGGUACUGCAUGAAGCUGCUUCGUGGAUGAAAACAGAUCACGGUGGUGUGUGACCGCUUAGGCUGUGGCAGGGGCUUCUGGGAUUGACCACCAUAGGGUGAGAGCAGGAUGGUGUGUUUUGUUUAGGGAUGUUAAUUGACGCUGAACUGGGGAAAGCAAACAUGGAUCUCUUUCCAUGCCGGAAGUGGUGUCAACAUCUUUCUGUUCCUUUGUCGGAGGGAGGAGGAGAGAGAUUCAGGGGUACUUGGGUGAGCCCCUGAUUGUCUCCUCACCCCCAAGUCUCAUCCCACUCUCGAUCAAGGGCUCCCCCAGCCUCCACACUCCAGAACCAAAGAAAAUGCUUGGCCAUUUUGGCCUUGAGCCUGCCUUUAAAGUCUCAUGUCUUCCAUGUCCCAUUUGACACCUUUGCUCUUUUUCCGGAAAUGGGCAAAGUGCCCUAGUGUAACAGUCUUACAGCCAUCGGCCAUAUAUUCCCAACCCAAAAUUGGAAUAUGUGGUCCUGGUGUGAGAACAUCUGGGAGAUGUUAUCUGGCAGCCAGAUAAUUUUUGUGAUAUAUAAAGUUGGAGGGGAAAAAAAAUGAACCUGAGACCAAUGUCAGGGAAGUGCAGCUGUGGCUGGUGGGUCUGGCCGGCUCCACCCCCGGCCCCCUGCCCUCUGCCUCUGCCCAGGGCGAGGCUGGCGCUGGUGGGGAGGGCCUGCCUUCCUUCUCCGGUGGAGUGUGGGCACAGGCUGCAGCCGGUGCCAGGCUGUCUCCAGCCGCAAGCUCUCUGCCCAGGCUCCUUGAUGGCUGCUGGGGGUGGGCCGGCAGGGAGUGCAAUGACAGGGUAUAGGCAGGGGAAUGGGCUCUCCACCCAGGUGCUUCCCAGCUCUAGGCCCAAAGGGUUGGGACUCUCUGGAGUGGAUGGCCGUGUGUCAGUCUUAAAUUAUUAAAAAGCA